AUGGACACAUUCCAGAAGAACCCUUUCAGAUCCAAAUGGGGUAUGGUACUGAGUAGAGUUUGUCAGAUUAAUUCUUGGGAACAGAAGGCCCGUGAAUGUUGGACAACAGACAAUGGAUGUUGGCAUUUAAUGGACAACGCAGGAUUACGAGCCUUGGAGGACACGUUUAGAGCAUUAAGCAAAAUGGCGAAAGGUGCAGAACGGGAGAGCUUAAUUGAGGCGAACGUACUCGAUUUCAUUAAAAACAUUUUGGCCUGGCCGUCAGCAGAACAAAAACAUUAUCAAAUAAUGUCAUCUGCUUGGCAAUUGUUGUUCGAGUUGGUCUAUGAUAGCCCCAAUCACGUUCUUAUCUGGAUCGAAUUCAACAAAAUUUUGAUCAAUCAACUCCGGCAAAACGUUAUUGAUAACGACACAUGUUGUCACAUUGUUUACAGUAUUUACGCGAUAGCCGGUAUUGCUCAACAUGAAGGACUGAAUAUAUUCAAAAUUCUACUCAACAAUUUCGAUCAAAAGAAACAAAAUGGACGUCUGAAGCAGCAAGGAUUAACCAUUUUCUUAGAACAUUUUAUGACCGACGAAAGAAGCAUUAGCACCAUGUAUCAGCAAUUGAAUGAUGUUGAGAAAAAAUGUUUCGUUGACUUCAUUGUUGACUGCAAUACUGAACACACCGUUGAUGGCAGAAAAGAUUACUGCGUUUCAUCGGAACUAUUAAACUGCAUUUGCAAUGAAUUCAUUUCGAAAAAUGAACUCAUCACACUAUCACCGAAAAACUCGAAACUUGAACUUAUAUUUGCAUUAUUCGAAGCAAUUGCUUAUGCAGCAACUAAUGAACGUCAUCAAUUACAUAAAUUCAGUUUUUCGUUGAUUCUAAAUGCUGUACAUUUGUUCGACUAUGUUCGUUCCAAUGAUGAAACUGCUGAAGAGGUCUUUGGCACCAUUCAAAGAAAUACUAAGCUGCCACUAAAGGAAAUAAUAUUGUCAACGAUAAUUAAUUUGGUUAGAGAUAACGCAGACCACAAAGAGAAGGCCAGAGAAGCGGGUCUAAUUGAAAUUCUGGUCAAUUAUGUAUCCAGAGAGCGUUGUCGAUAUUUGUACAAAUGCAUGCUGUACACGCUCAUUGAGAUGUGCCAAACUUGUCCUCCUAACAUGGCAUUGGUGGAAGAGAUCGCAAAAAACUCGUACUGGACUGGAUCGGUAGCUGUUGCAGAUUUUCUGUAUGAUAUGAAUUACAAGGGAAAGAAAAUCUAUUAA